AUGGAAGAAGACGAGGCGGUUGUCAAGUUGGCCGCGGAAAAGGGGGCGGAACGGAAGGAAGGGCACGCGGAAACGGGUUCGCGGCGCCUUCUCAUCUACGGAAUCGCCAGGUGGGUCUCACUUUCGUCGUCCUCUGAAAUUGGAUUCAUUUUGGGAGCGAAGUUAGGCCACGGCCCCGUGCACAUUCCUCUAAUUUUAUGUAUAGCAUAGUUAGAAGGGUAAUUUUAUCAGCUGAAAUUCUGCUCACUGAUAACACUCACUCUCAACUAUCAAUCACUGUUUUUGUCUAGUGUCACGUGAACAACAGUACUCAUUCUUUGUUAAGUUUGAAUGUAAUGUAAUUGGUCAGAAAACAGGCCUCUGACCUUCGCUUUCGUUGCCCAAAUUACGAGGCAUUGUCCCAUUCUUCUCGCCCUCCAGUUAGCAGAAAAAGAGAAUUAGAAUAAGAAGAAUGGCGAUGAAGAGGGCACGAAUCACUCUUUCUCUCUCUCUCUCUCCCUCUUCUUACCUACUCUUCAAGCUUUCCCUCUCUCUCUCUCUCUCUGAGAGCGAACAAGCGUGACCUCGAGAAACCAGUCCGCCCAUCGAACCAAACAAAAUUACAGUAUUCUCGCAGUUUCGGGGGCGUGGCUUGUCGUGGCCACCGCAGUUGACACUCUCGUCUACCUGACUGCCGACAGCAUGCACCUCGACAAUCUCGUCGGACACGUGGCUCCCGGAUACGAAAAGGUUGAGAAGGUGUUCAGGUGAGAUCUAGACUGUUCCUGAAUACAUACUAUCGCCCCCCAUUCAAAUUGAAAUGCCUCAAUAGUAGUUCCGAUGGUCCGGGCAGGCCAAAAAAGAAAGAGCUGCAUACAAAUAGACACCUCCCGAUUACCUCGCUCUAGUUAUCCAAAGCCUGAAUCUAAUAAGUUUCUCAGCAUUUGCAUACACUUUCUCUCUGUUUGCCAAGGUCGUUUCGACUGUACAGUCUCCCAAUUAUCCGUCCGUACGUCUCCGUCUCUCGUAUCCAUCUAGAGAGAAAGUGAGAAGCGGACGCUGAAAAAAUGUAUUCGUAGUGUAAACAAGUGUGAAUAAGAAGAAGAAGAAGAAGAAGAAGAAGACCCCAAUUCCCUAUUUCAGACGGAAUUUCGCGGACGGAUGGGAACGGGAGGGCGCGUCGAUCACCGUCUACCACCGAGAUCGGGUGAUUGUGGACCUGCAAGGAGGGUUCGCGGACCGGGCUUCCGGCCGCAAAUGGACGUCCGACACGCGGACCGUCGUGUUCAGCACCACGAAAGCGGUCGGAGCGGUGUGCGUGGCGAUGCUCGUGGACCGCGGUCACAUUAGUUACGACGACAAGAUGAGCAAGAUAUGGCCCGAGUUUGCACAGAACGGAAAGGAAAACAUUACGAUCGACUGGCUUAUGUCGCAUCGAGUAAGUCCGAUUUGAAAGGCGCCUUCCGAUUAUCAAUGUUUUCAGGCUGGACUCGCUGCUCUCGAUGAGCCCAUCACAAUUGAAGACGCGCAAGAUUUCGAGCGAAUGAGUCAGGUGAUCGCGGCACAGAAACCGAACUGGGAGCCCGGAACCAAGUCGGGAUACCAUGCGAUCACGUACGGAUGGAUCGUCGAUCAGAUCGUGAGACGCGCGGAUCCGCAGAGCCGUUCCGUCGGCCGCUUCUUCAAGGAGGAAGUGGCCGAUGUGCACGGAAUAGACUUCCACAUCGGACUGCCGCCCAGCGAGGAACACACCGUUUCGCGGCUCUCGAUGCCCUCCACGCUCCACUUGUUCCGGGAGAUCGUGCACGAUCCACGUGUGCUUAUCGUGCUCGCCGUAUUCAAUCUCCGGCCGCCCAACUCGAUUGCUCGCAAGAUCGCCGCCAAUCCGACGUGGUUCAAACUCGAGCAGGACGUGAACACAUUCAACAACCCGACACUUCACGCGAUGGAGCAGGUCGCCGCACUAGGAAUCACAAAGUCGCGCGACCUGGCCCGUCUGUUUUCGCUCGUUCAGCAAGGGAAACUGUUCUCCAAAGAUCUGCUCGAGAAGUUCCGAGUUCCACAAGUGCAGGGAAUCGAUGAAGUCGUGAUGACUCCGCUGCCGAAAGGACACGGAUUUCUGUACGAACGGCAUCCGAUGGGAGGGGUAAGAACGAGCAUGAUCACCUAUCAACAUCUUUUUGUCUUUCAGAAGAAGUGGUUGGUUGGGCAUCCAGGGUACGGCGGUAGUACGAUUAUGAUGGAUCUGGAAGAUGAGAUUACCAUUGCCUAUGUGUCGAACGGUUUGAAAACUGGAAUGGGUGAGCUGACCAGGACCUAUCGACACCUCCGAGAUGCAGUUUUCGAGUGCCUCGACAAGAAGAAGAACGCUCCGACGACGAUCAUCGAGGAAGCAGUUCAAGCAGUCGCCGCAUGA